AUGGAUCCCCUUAGAGGCUACAUCACUUCAUACCCGCCGCGUAUGCGGCAGUAUCGAAACUCAUUGAUGACGCCUGUGUAUCCUGUCCAGACAGGGCCAACACCGCGAACUACAAAACGCGGCACGACUGCGAUAAACUAUGCCGAAGAUGGGUUCGAUGAUGACGAUUUCGAUGAAAGCGAUGGUCCUCGGCGCCCAACAGGACUAAGGAGUCUCCGCCGUGAGGAAUCAUCUGGCUUAUUCUCGACAGCCGAGAAGCUGGGGAAGGAAACAGAUGCGCCUGUGGAAGUUCAGGGAAUUUAUCGCGAGUGGAUGAUCAAGCGCAUGUUACGACCAGCAUGUUCUGAUCAACUUCAAAUCCAAGCGCAGCUUCCUUUAACCCUUGUUCCUAUUCGCAUUGAUUUGGAAGUUGCUUCGCAUCAACCACUCGAGCCGUUUCCUCCACCACGUAACAUCCUUGAUCCUAGCAUCACCUCGGCCCUCCCUGCGUACCGCAGACCCGAACUACAACCCCCGUUCCGGAUUAAGGAUACAUUCCUAUGGAAUCUCCAUGAGGCGGUAGCGACGCCAGAGGAGUUUGCUAUUGGCUUCGUCCGAGACUUGGACCUUCCUAACCCUCAGGCUACUACAAUGACCAUUGGUAACCAGAUUCGGCAGCAAUUGGAAGAGUAUGCUGGUGUAGCUUUGCAUCCCCUGUUCCAGAGCUCUCCAUCCACCAUUGACCAUGGAGUUAUUCCCCAACUUGAGCCCUCGCGUGAUACAUCCAUGACUCCGGCUGUGACAAAUGUGGCGACACCCGACAGCCAAGUUAUUGCGCCGCCUGUUGUAGCAGUUACAAAGGAGGCGCUGGUCAACGACAGCCUUCUGAACCCAGACGAUGCUUAUCGAUGUGUGAUCAAUCUCAACAUCAACUGCCAAGACAAGCUUUACACUGAUAAAUUUGAAUGGUCCCUUCUCCACCCUCCAGGAAUGGCCGAGGAAUUCGCGAAGGUUACGUGUGCUGAUCUGAGCCUUGGCGGCGAUUGGGUCAGUGCUAUUGCACAUGGCAUCUACGAAGCGGUGUUGAACCUGAAGAAAGAGGUUUGCAAAAGUGGUGGCAUUGUCAGUGGCAUCAAUGGCUAUGGCACGGAGAUUGAUAACCUGGCAGCGAAUGGUGCUGAAGCCGGAUGGCGAUACGACCCCGAGACCCUGGCUGAUGAGUGGGAUCCAAAGGUCGAAACACUUACAAAAGAAGAGAUUGAGCGGCGAGAAAUCGCUCAUGAGCGUGAGAUUAGGCGUCUACGACGAGAUGUUGCCCGAUUCUCUUCCACCACUGGAAUUACUCCUGAAGUUUCUCGACAGACCAGCGGAUACUUCGAGAAUGACGGUGACGCCCCCUUGGGUCGGGGCGAGCGAAAUAAGCGCAAGCGUCGAUUCCGCAGCAUAAGCCCGCUGGGUACGCCUGGUGGACGAGGUACUCCGGACACAGGCUCUGCCGCCGGUUAUGGUGGCGGAGGUGGUACGCUCACUGAUUGGGAACGACAAAGUUGGCGAUGCAGCAACUGUAUGGUUUGGGGUACGGCAGUUUGGGCUGUGCGAGACGGUCCAGAUGGUCCUCGGACACUCUGCCACAAUUGUGGCUUCCUGUACGAAAGGGAUAAGUUCCCGCCGCAGUGGUCAAAAGACCUCCAUCGCCACGAUAUUCCUGUUGGUCGAUUCACCUAG